UCGAUUUCCGGUUUUACUUCGGUAGAAAACAUGGAAACACCAAAGACGCUUUAAUAUAUUAUGUGUAGACAGGUGAGCAACUGCUGGAUACCUUUAUCAGCCUAAAUUCAUAAAGUGACUACUGGAACAAUACUGGAACAAGGGUAAAACAUUCUGAAGAUGUCACAGCCUCCAGAAGAGAUUCCUGUUGGUCAGGUGGAGAUCAAGAAGAGAUCUAGAGUGCCUGGUGUUAUGAUCACUCAGUACGUCAAGGAACUACCACGUGGAAAAUCUACACCUGAUUUCAGCAGGAAACCAAUCGCCUUGACAGUUCAAGAAGGCAAAGUGGCCAUUUUCAAAGCAAUGGUGAGUGGAGAUCCAGUACCAACUGUAACAUGGGCUCGCAACAAGGGUGACACUUCUGAUCCAGAAAAAUAUAAACCAAGAUAUGAUGAAAGGACUAGAGAACAUUCUCUAGAGAUACUAAAUGUGCAAGUAGACCAAGGAGAUACGUACAAAUGUUGCGCUACAAAUACUUUUGGAAAAGCAGUGUGCACAGCUACAUUGAGCGUAUUUUCAGUUGGAUUCAAGAAAAAGCAAGCUGAUACAUCCUCAAACAAAGAUGGACAAAGCAAUGAUCCUGAAGACUUCAGGAAAAUGCUUAAAAAAACUAAAACUGUCAAGAAGAGAAAAGAAAAACCCAAAAAAGAGGGAGAGAUUGAUCCAAAAUUCUGGGAAGUGAUGCUAAGUGCCAAAAAGACAGAUUAUGAGCGCAUCUGUCAUGAAUUUGGAGUCACUGACUAUCGCUGGAUGCUCAAACAGCUCAACCUGAAGAAAAAGGAGAAAGAAGAUGAACAAGCAAAGGUGGUUGAAAACGUUGACAACAUAAAGCAGAUUGAAGUGAAUACAAGUGGUAGAGCUGAAUUUGAAUUUAAUAUGAAGCUUAAGGACCCAAACAAUAAAAUUUAUCUGUACAAAAACGGUGAAAUGCUUGAUUAUGGUGAUGGCACUGAUGAUUCCUCUAAACAUAAUAUGAAGAAAACUGGUGAUAAGUACUCGUUUAGCAUCAACCAUCUUGACUUAAAUGAUAGUGGACUAUACCAAGUGGAUGUUGAGGAUGUCAACAUUUUAUCAACCACCUUAGCAAUUCCUGAUGUAGAAUUCGAUGGCAUGCUAAAAGAUGCUAGAGUGGUUGAGGGGCAGGAUGCAGUGUUUGAGGGUGCUUUUUCUGGUCCUGUAUCACAAAUCACCUGGUGCGCCAAUGACAUCUCUCUUGAGCAUGGAGACAAGUACAAUAUCACAGUCUCUGAAGACAAGCUAAGGCACAGAUUAGUAGUAAAGAACUGUAACAAAAAGGACAAGGGUGUGUACACGGCUAUUGCUGGGAUUAAAUCAUCCAGGGCCACCCUUGCUAUUGAUGAGGAUCCUAACGCCAGUGGGAAAGGUCGAGGUGGUGCAAGUGAAGGAGCAGAUGAUAUUGCAAGACGUCUGGCAGAAGAACAGGCCAGACUACAGAGAGGAAAAGAUGAAGCAGCUAGGAGAGGCAAGGGUACGGAUGGGAGAGGUGAUGGAGCGGAUGGCCAUGAUGGAACGGAUGGCCGUGGUGACGCAGCAGAUGGUCGUGGUGAUGGAGCGGAUGGCCGUGGAGGACUUGGCUUGGGAGACGGAAGUGGAGGAAAUGCAACAGGAAAGUACGGACAAGGAAGAGAGGGUACAGAAGGAAGUGGGAAAAGUGGAAAGGGUUCUGGAAUGAGUUUGGGAGCAGAUGGACUGGGAGGCCAAUCAGCUGGUGUUGGAUCUGGUGGAGAUGGUACAAAUGAUAAAGUGCACUUCGCAAGCGGAUUAUCAAACAAAAAUGCCCUCCACGGCAAACCUGCAGAGCUAGUGUGUAAACUAACUACUGACAAAAUUGAUGGUGUGUGGUAUAAAGAUGGAAAGAAGCUGACUUCCAAAGAUGGAGUAGUCAUCUCUAAAGAUGGUUGUACACAUAAGCUCAUUAUACAGAAUUGCAAGGAUUCUGAUGCAGGUCAAUAUCAUUUUGAGGUUAAUGGUUGCAAGACAGAGGCCAUGGUGAGAGUUGGAGAUCUUCCAGAAUUCGACCAAGAUGCUUUGCAAAAGUUCUCUAACACUGUGAUCGUGAAAGCAGGCCAGAGUGCAUCUUUUAAGAUGUCAUUUCCUCCACAAGCCUCACUGGAGAUUAAAUGGUUUAAAAAAGGCUCUGAGCUUCUUGAUGGUGGUUCGGUGAAAGUAGUGAAGGAAUCAAACCACAGUCGUCUUCAGAUGAAAGACUGCCUGCGAUCGGAUACUGGUCAAAUUAAAAUCCAGCUAAAAAACCCUUUUGGUUCUAUUGAAGCUUUAUCAAGUCUUAUAGUACUAGACAAGCCAGGUCCACCAAGAGGACCACUGGAAGUGAAUGAAAGCACAUCCUCAGGCCUUGAAUUGAAAUGGAAUCCUCCGAAGGAUGAUGGUGGCUCAGCAGUGACCAACUACAUAAUUGAGCGUCAACUGGUUGGGCAGAGUACCUGGAAAAAGGUUGGGGAUAUUUCAGCUAACCAUCUAACCUUCAGAGAUAAAAGCGUGUCCCUUGGCAAGAGGUACAUCUAUCGCAUCUAUGCUGAGAAUCUUGAGGGCAUCAGUGAGGCGAUGGAGACUGAAAAAAUUAUGGCUGGCUCAUUAAUGUUCCCUGGUCCACUAGCCCCACCGACGGUGGUCAGUGCAUUCAAAAACUGUAUUAAUCUAACAUGGACUCCACCAGAGAAAGAUGGAGGGACUAAAAUCUUGGGCUACCAGCUAGAGAAACGCAAGAAAGAUACAAACCUGUGGGUGACUCUGAACCCAGUUAGUGAACCUAUUCAAGCUCUGAAGUAUCCAGUGAAGGAUGUGUCUGAGGGGUCAGAGUAUGAGUUCAGAGUAACAGCUAUUAAUAAGUCUGGGGCUGGAGAACCAAGUGCUCCCUCUGUGAUGGUCUGUGCUAAAAACCCCAACAUGAAGCCCCAUUUCAAAGAUCCUGAAGACUUCAUGGUUGUGAGAUCAGGAAAUUCAAUCAGAAUCAAAAUUAAUUAUGAGGCCUCUCCACCGCCAGACAUUACCUGGCUUAAGAAUGGUGAACCUGUAUCUCCCUGGAACAAGAUCAUUCAUUCUGAUGGCACGUGCACACUUGUCAUACCUUCCUCAAAGUACAACGAUUCUGGUGUCUACACCAUUGUGGCUAAAAACUCAAUGGGGCAAACCAGCUUUGACAUAGAGGUCAGAGUAACAGAUGAACCCAAGGCUCCAGGCCCAGUGGAGAUAGAGCAAUUGGUUUAUGGUAAAGUCAUUAUCACGUGGGGUCCGUCUCCAGACCACAAGAGAGAUGACCGACUGCACUACAUGGUGGAAGAACAUAACUCCAACACACGCAAUUGGCGCACAAUAGCCGACCGCCUUCUCUGCACUACCUACACUACCAGCAUUCAACCAGGUCAAGAAUAUCACUUCAGAGUCUAUGCAAAAAAUGAUAUGGGACUUUCCAGUCCUUCAGAUUCACCAACGUGGGGCGUAAACAGCAAUAAAGUUGUAGCAGCCUCAACUGUGCCGCUCGCAAUCACUUUAGAAAGGCCACCUUCCAUCCUGGUUCCACUGAAACUCCACACUCCACCAAAAGGAUAUCAGUGCUACAUGACCUGCGCUGUCCGCGGCUGCCCCAGCCCAUAUAUUGCAUGGUACCAUAACGGGAUUUGCAUCGACUCUGACAAAAACUACUACAUCACAAAUGCAUUUGGUGUCUGCUCUAUGUGCAUCCUCAGAGUUCGGCCUGAAGAUAGUGGAGAGUACAAAGUGGUGGCAGUCAACUCAUUUGGCAGGGCAGAAUGUUCUUCUACAUUAAAAGUGAAAGAUUGAUCUUCACUCUGCUGGAUAUGGCAGUUUUUGCUAUGCUUCUGCCACAACUAAUUUCAUGCAUACAUUUUAAGCUAGGGCAGUGCAUGCAUAUAAAUGAACAUAGCUGCGGUGGAUUGCAAUUGAGAACACAUACAAUUUGCUACUAUACUGUGAUGUGUACUGCUAAAAAUAUAAGCAAUUUGAAUGUAUUUAAGUAUAGACUUUUGCAAAUACUGUACAUUUUCUGACAAGCAUACUCUCUACCAUAUUAUUCUUUGAAAUUGUGAUCAUCUCCAAUAAAGUCCAGAAUGAACCAGUGAA